AUGAGCAAAAUGGCUGAUGAUGACCCGUGGUUGCUGAAGGAAGACGGUUGCUUAAACGUGGACACCGAGUGCAAGAGCAUAAUCUAUCACGCCAGUCUAAACGUUCUGCUUAUCACCACUGGCAGCGCACAAGUAUACGUGUUCGAUGUCAAUUCCGGCGUGAUCCUGCAGAGGAGUUCCCUUUCAGGUAAACCAAAUGGAAAAUUACAAGGGAUAUAUUUCUCGGAUGGAAUAGACAAAGUACUAUAUACAGACGGACGGGGGAUUGGCAUACGUAGUGAUUACAACGGGGUUCUGUUGUUGGAUACAAUUUUGCAAACUCCAGUUUCCAAAAGUGAAGAUAUUGUGAAACUGGAACUAUUGCUGUCAGAGGCAACGAUACUACUUCAAUGCCUACAGUGUGUAGAACUGCAAGGUGUAGAACAUUUGCUGGAGGUGCUGCAAGAACUUUCGAGUAAAAUUGUUGCUGCACAAGCAAAUCAGAAAAAGGGUAUUAAAGCUCAAAAAUGGAAUACAAUAUGUUUGGAAUUACCGCAUGGAUCUUUAAGGCUUGUCUGUUCUGGUUUAGUAAUGGAAUUAAAAAGGCAAAAUCGGCAUAUAGCAGCACUGCCCAUUGCCUCCGCGAUCAAUGAACGACUAAAUGGCCUAUUGCCUAGUCUUGCAUUAGAAGGCGGUCCCACUGAUAGAACGUUAAUGUUUAGCGAAGCAGCACGCCGUAAUACUUUUCCAAAAUGGCCACAUAUGAAUUACAAGUGGGCUUUACCUGACCAAAUGGCACAAGCUGGUUUCUAUCAUGAGCCAAAUGCUACAGGUGACGACAGAGCAAUGUGUUUUACUUGUAAUGUGUGCUUGGUAUGUUGGGAGCCUACCGAUGAGCCGUGGUCGGAACACGAGAGGCAUUCUCCCGCAUGUCCGUUCGUUAAGGGUGAAUAUACUCAGAACGUUCCAUUGUCUGUGACUCUCGCAACGGCUCCCGCUCGCGAGGUGGGCGAUACAGUGGACAUCAUAGGCACUACUAAUGUCACAGGCCUUGCGGCUACAGCCUCUUCCAGCGGUUUUGUAAAUAUUUGGAAUAUAACGAAUCAAUUAAAGAGAGAGGUAUCAUUUUAUAUAUCACCUUUGGAUCAAGAAAUAAACAAUAAGGAAUCGAUACAGUUUUGUGCCGCGAGAAAUUUGACACCUCCAUAUUUAACGAAUCUAGGCUCGGAUUCAGAUCCACUUUCAGAGUACAAGCCCUCAUCGUUCUAUAAGGUACAAGUUACGGCACUCUCGGUAGUGGGAUCUCCAGUGACGCUGAAAGAGGAUGCGAAGAGCGCCAACUCCACGACCUCGUCGUCCAUAAACAUCGAGACGGCAGAGCACAAAAUUCGACCGUGCUUAGUGUGCGGAGUUACAGUGACCGUUAGCAAUUCCUCGCAAUUGAGAACCUUAGAGAAUGUGUGGGCCGCCUCGAGCGAUCUAGCGAGCUCGUCAUCGUUGGUUCGCGCGAUGAACAGUGUAAAUAGUGCUGCCAGUGAUACUCUAGAUAUAAUGAAAGUAGCGGGUGAUAGGUACAUAUCGUCGAAGUUGCAUUACUUAGUACUGUAUGACUUUCAUUAUAAGGCCGCGACAGCGCAGCCUAUCAAAGAAGACAAUUCUAAGGAAUCAAAGACUAAGAAGACCCUAUCUGGGACGGGAACUAGCGCUAGCUCGAAUGGCGGACGCCAAGAGAGCUUGUAUCAGGAACUCUUCCUCAGUAAAAUUUUUUACGAAGUGCCAGUUAUCGAAGAUGUAGAUUCGGACAUGGUAGUCGGUCCGCAUUACGAUGGUAUCUUCCCGACCACCACCCUGACCGCCUCCUCCUCCAAUGGCAUUUAUUCGAAUCCGAUCGGUAUUCCCUUUGGUCCGACAACGUCGACUCCCUACGAUCCCAAUUUCGCUCCUAUUAACGGUUCGACCCAUUUUGCAUCGACAUCCGAUCUGACAACGAUAAACAAGAAGAGCUUAGACCUCAUGAAAAUCACCAAAGCGGAACCGGUAGUCGUCAAGACGCUAGCGAUUAACGCCCCGGACACUCUUCGUAUCACGUACAUAACUACGUCCAAGGAUGGAAGAUAUCUGUACGUUGCGAUGUGUCCCGCGGCGGAUAAUGCUUCUGCCGAAUCUUCCUCGUUGAAUACCAAUCAGAUGGAUGUCGACGACGAGAGCGAUUUCUUCCCACAGAAAAGUUACAUGUACUGGGACCAUAACGACAGUCAGUCCAGCAAAUUGAUAAAUGGCGAGGUCCAUGGUAAUGAGAGCGGCGCCACGAAUGCUGUGUUGCUCCUGUAUGCUUUGGAUUUCACGGGUCCAGUAGUGAAGAUGGCGUCGGAGCCACUGGUGAAGCGAGAAUUGCCUCUGGAACAGGCACCAGUGGAACACGUACUUCUUCCUCUUCAAGAGAAACAAAAGUGCAUGUCGUUUUCUACUAACUCUAGUACCAAUUCCACUAGUAAUUCAACUGUUCAGGAACCUGCCGGACAAGUCGCCCUUGUAUGUAAAGACGGAGUGGUCAGAUUAUUAAACUUAAGUACGCUGAAGACUGUAACGGAGGCGAGAUUAGAUGGAAAGAAAUUUAUCUCUGCGACUUAUUGCAACAGUUUGGAAAGGUUAUGUGUGUGCACAAGUGAUGGCACGUUGCAUUUCUUUAUUACGGCGGAGGAAGAGGACUCCGCAGAGGAGAAAGACGACGUUGACGAUGUGAAUAUGGGUAGUGAGGGAAGCUGUACUUGUGAAAAUAUAGCUCCCAGUACGUCAACGUCGUCGAUUUGUUACGACGAACUAUUAGCGCAUAAAUCGAAUUUCUCAUACUGGGACUUAGGGCUAUUAUAUGAACUUACACGAUUCAGUCGACAUUCCCCCGCGUAUAGCGCAACUGUCCCACCGUGUUGGAGUGAAAUGAUGCAAGCUCAGAGACAAAGACGUCAUCCGCAGCAUCUCCAUCAAUCGGAGGAUCAGCAUCAUACAAGAACAUGGCGAUUGCAAAAUGACGCGACUACUUGGGAUGAACAUGUGUUUGAGCUUACUUUACCUCGAAGCGCUGCAGGAAGUAUAGGGCACGUUGAUGUCCGAUUUACCUUGCACGCGUUCUGCCAAGAGUUACCGACUAUUCAAGUAACUUUAUUGAAGCAAAAUAUAAAGAGGAUUGGUCAUCAGAAGAUACAAACCACUCCUAUAGACGAAAGAAUUGAAUUUAACAUAAGAACCGAACAAAAGAGCGAAAAUCCAGUCAUUACAGAGGAAUAUCAACGUCAACACAACACCGAGAUUCUUUGUGGUCCUAUUGACUUGCAUCGCUGCGUAGACCUGUCCUGUCGCUCGGGUUGCGUAACGUUGACAAGUCCGAAAUUAUUUCGUUCGAAAGCUAGAACGUUGCUCGUUCACAUCAAAGCUUUAAUAGAUCAAAAAGAAGGAGCGAGUAAUGCGUCUGCGAAAUCAAAAGCAAAUUUAACAGAAAGUAAACCACCUACUUGUAAAAAAUUGAAAAUAUUUGAAGUACGUCCACUUGUGCCCCCAAAUGCUGGGGAACGAUUUGACGAAGGAGGGACGAAUAGCAAGAAGUUAGGAUGCUACGUUGGUUGCAAUUGGAUUCACGAGAUCUCUAUCACAGUAAGAUCAGUAAACCCUACCAGCAUGCCCGACGAAAGACUGCAGAGGUGUGCUAUGUUAGAAUCCAAAACCUUCGUCGAUAAUCUUCUGAAUGUCGCAUGCCUACAAGUACCUAUCGAUUCUCCUGUCGUGCAAUCUAUAGCUCUUGACAUUCUGAUAUGGGUAGCCUCAAUAAGAUUAACGAGAUUACGCAGUAUUCAGAAUAGCGUGGAGAUUAAGACUCUUCAAUUGGAGACGAUACGUUCCGUACAGGGGCGAUUAUCCAGCUUAUUACGGACAUGUCUUUUGCAUGCCGGCAGAAGUAUAGCGCACAAAUGCGUUAAAUUAAUUGUUCUUUGCAGCGGGGGAUUUUAUAAUAUAGAAGAUUCACCGGCUCAAACCUUUGACGAGGCUAUGCUCUCUGCAUUGGUCAACUUACUGCCGUCGAUAGUAGAAGUUCAUUGGGCCGGUUCAUUAAGAUGGCUUCAAUUACUCAUUACCAGAUUUUUGCCAUUAGACAGAAAUUAUAGUAUCGCCCACAAAUGUAUUUCUCUAGUGCAACAGAUAGCUACUGAAAUAUCUAAUAGAGUGAAUCCUUACCAUUUGUUGCUCGCGACAAGAUUUGGUUUAUAUAACUCACCUUUUGAAACGGAACUCUUUGACUUGGAGCCACCAAUGUUACCAAAGUUUAGUUCAAUACCUGUGACAUACGCAUCUGUUGUAGCCAACGAGCAAGCAGGACCGUCUGUUGCUUCGUCAGGUGCUGUAUAUUCGUCCAAAAUAUCGCAGGACUCUAUUGAUUUGAGGGACCUACUCACACUGCCUAUGCAUCCCGCUAGUGAAUUUGUAAUAUCUAGCAAAUUAAAGGCAUUGUGCGCCAAUCACAAUAUGAAAGGUCUCCUCGAGGUUGAGCCUCUUCAUUUCACUUGUCACGCUGCUUCCGAUGGCACGAAGAUGGAAAAGAUUGAUCCUGGCAUGAGCACAAUUAAUAUUGGACCCACACUGUACGAUAGCACAGCAACAAGCAACAAUGGUGUGCCUGAUAUUAAAACGAUACAUCAAACAUAUAACUUGGAUGCUGGAUCGCUAGGACCACAUGUUCAAGCUAAAUCGACAGCUACGUUAAGCGAUCUGCUUAGUAUGUAUACAGGAAGAGUGCUAAAGAAGCCAUCUCCGCAACUAUUGCUCACACCUGAUGAACAAUCAGACUAUGACGAAGCUAAUGAAAUGUCUGGUGACAAUCAGACUUGGCAUAGUACACAAAAUAAUAUGCCUAGCUCACACAUAUUAAGUUCCAUUGUAACAAAAGAAAAGUCAUGCGUGCAAAGUAUUAAUACUGCUGUAAACAAAGUUGAGGAGGGCAAUUCUAAAAAGCGAGAAGAUGUUACAUUUCCAUGGGGGAGAUUACUGUGCUGGCCGCCUCAACAAGCGCUGGUCGUCGAACGGAUGCACUCGGGAGCUCGUCGAUUUGUUAUUUUAGACUUCGGGUCACCCGUAUUGCUGACCGAUUUAAUGAUACCUUCGUGCAACGAUUUGGUUUCGCUAUCCAUAGACAUCUGGACUAAAAGCGAAGAAACAGAUGGUACGCGGCUUAUCGUCGCUGGGGAUAUUGGAAGCAAACCGUUAAUUGUUUGCGAUCUUCAGCCACCGCCUGUGUGCAGAUAUCUGAAGAUAACUACGAUAGGGCGCUAUGGAAUGUCUACAACUACGUGUAAAAUACCAUUAGGAAUGUUUUAUGGACAUAUGGUAGUUUUGCCUGGAGAAGAUUAUUCCGAAGUAAACGAUGCUUCAUCAUUUGAUGCCGAUAUUUUUGAUUCUUCUUUACAAGCAACUAUUGAUACACAAUGUAACAUAUUAUCAGCUUUAGCAGAAGAUGUACAAUGCAGAUUUAGUUUAGCUACUGAAAGAUUAAAAACUUUGUUGGAUCCAUUACUGUGUUCAGAAACUCCUAAUGUUAUGCACAUGCAAAAUUAUCUAUGUUACAACAAGUUAUCUAAUGAAAGUAAAGAACAGCCAUCAGCAAAAAUAAUGUCGACAUACCAAGAAUGUAUUAUGUUCCAACAUCAAUUAAACGUUGUACGAAGUGUCUGGCGACGUCUUGAGUGGUGGAGAGGUAUGCGGAAUGUACCAACAAUGUCUUUCUCGAAUGCACCUAGUGAUAAAUUACGAGUCCUUGAGGAAACUCUGCUUGACAUUCUGCUGUACACUGUGUACGAAAUUGGCCCAGUACCCAGUGUAUAUCGACCGACAUCAUUAUACGAAGUUUUCACUCCAACAAUUUGUGAGAAAUUUUUCCAUUCGAUAUGCGUUGUAACACCAGCUCCACGUUUACAACUUCAUGCUGCCGCGCUCUUAGCUGGCAUGGCGGGACAUCAGCCCUGGUGGGGUAACUUCUUAUCCAAUACCUUGAUAAAUCUUUACUCGUCAGCAUCCACUCAUAUUUUCCCGCAAGAUAGAGUGUUUAUUUUAUUAACAUUUCUUGGACGGAAAUCAUUAAUAGCUGGCGGAAAUAAAUCUUCCGUUAUUGAAGCUAUGGUUCGUACAUUGGGUAAAUUACUAGCUCCUCUUACGAACACGCCGUCCAGUUCCAAUCGACUGGAUAUUACCUUAAUUGGCUGGGUUUUAUUAUUUUUAUCGGUAUGCUUAGAUACCAUUACACCACCGCCCUGUUACGAGGAAAAUCACGAGAAAACUAAAGAACAAGGUUUAUUUUCCCGAUGGGAGUUUAUUCAAGGAGAAUCGGCAAUGCAAAGAAGAUAUGUUAAUGCUAACCGAUCAUCAGCCUCUCGUAGUUACCGUAAAAGAUUACAAAAACGAUUAAUGCACCACAAACAGCAGCUUCAUGAAUUAGAACAAGCCAAAAAAUCUGCAGCGUCCAAAGGGUUAAUGACUCUUUCAUCUGACGCCGCUACAUUGUACAAUAAAGUGGAAGCGACGUUGAAGGUUCAGGAACGUUAUUUCAAGAAGACACUAAAACAACAUUCCGCAAAACAUUACAAGGAUAUUCUUAAGAGAAAUGAGUCGCUGCUCCGUAGUCCAUGUUGCAGUCAAGCACGAUCCACUACCAGCAAAUCAUCGGAUGUCAUGGAAUUAGAAGUCGAAUACAGCGUGACAAAUUUAUCUCAUCAAAAUGUUUUGCCAGUGGCUCGCGGUCUCAUUGCGCUUAUUUUACACAAUUCAGCUAAUGUGGAUAUGUUUCUACUAGCUUGCAAGGUAGUCGCUAGGCUAGUAGUAUCUACACGUCCUGCAAUAGGCUUGUGCGAGCUUAUGACCGAGGAACAACUCUUGAAAUUAAUCAGAUUGGCAACCGACACGUCUGACGCUGCUUGGUCAUCACAUGCCGUUUCUUGUCUUUUAAUGGACCUGUUAGAAGGAGGACGAUUGUAUCCUAGAGCAUGUACUUCUACGCAUGAAGGUAGUCCAUCUGAGGAGAUUUUAGAUUCUUUGGGGAAUCAUACGGACGAAAGUCGUGCGGCGGAGGAAGAUUCGACAAAUGUUGCUAGUACCAGCGCACCUUCUGCUGCCACAUUAAGUGAAGGAUUCGCCGAAGGAGACGCAGACGAGGACGUGCAAGAUAAUAUUGUAGUAACGUCGACCACCGCUGGCACGUCAAAGUCCAACGGUUAUCUGCCAUCCCUUUUGGAAUCCGAUGAUAGCGAAUUGGAAGACUUUCUGGACGAUAUAUUGGAACGUGGCAGAAAUAUGUUGAAGAAAGACAGCACAGUGUCGAAAAUUUUAACUUCUGCCAUUACUGGGAGCAUUUCUUUAGCAAUGGACGCACGCUUGGAAUAUGGAGUUGAAAUGGGCAUAGAAAUAUCAUUGAGAAUAUUGUCUACGGUUGGCAUGUACAAUCUACCUCACAGCAUAAAUGCGACAAUACAUGUGCCGACAGAAGCAAAUCGCUGUUAUCAACAACCGUUUUUGCGUUCUGAAACGAAUGACAGAAAUCAGGAAACCGAAAACUUUUCUGAUCCUACUCCUUCCAAUCUUUCAAUAUUAACAAGAUGUUUUGAAAAAAUGUUCACGGACUUAUAUCUACGGAAUAAUAGUACGAAUUUGGAACUCGUUCUCCAACUUUGGUUUGCACUGAAUAUGGAUGCUGCUACUGAUCAUACAAGUUCACAAUUUGAUCCUUCUUUGACGCCUGUGAUUCCACUUAGCCCAGCAGCCAUUUCCAGCCUAAUUUCUGCACUUUCGUGGCACACUGCGGUUUCUUUACGUGCGUGGUGUCUUGCAUUGCAGUGCUUAACAAUUGUUUGUAACCAGCCAUUACGGCAAUAUACUGGUUUAGAUGGCUUUAUACCGAACAGUCCAUCUAUAGCUAGCUGUAUUGUUAAAGAACGCAAUACAGGUCCUAUGUUGUUGCGCCUACUUUCCGGCAACGGAUUAAAUAUCAAUACCAUGGAUAAGCAAUAUAUCAUGGCUGGGCCUACAGUUUGCCAAGCAUUGCACGAUUGUCUGAUUAGGCUGGAAAUGAUGUGUGAUGUUAUUACGACGGACAGUUGUUUAGGUAACUCCCUAAAGGAUCUUCUUCUGCAAGUGGUAUAUCAACUUGUGCAGCCAAGCGGGCCUCUUAUUUUGAGAAAGGGACCUUUAGAUGCACAGUGCAAAUUAAUAACGUCUGUAGUUAAUCUGAAUUAUGUCAAUACUGACUUAGGCAUCGCUAUGAGCAUAUCCGAAUGCGUUGGUGUAUUGGUUUCAACAUAUGUCAGAGGAUCCGAAGUUGGUGCACAAUGCGGAGGUGCUGUUGAUUCAGCUAAUCAAUCCGGUAGUUUUGGUGGUCUGUUUGCUUGCGUGCUCGGCGGUGAUGCGAGACAAUGUCGUCCCGCAUCGUGGGAUACUUUAAUCGUGGCUCUUAUCAAAUUAGUGUGUACACUUAUCCAAACUCCAUUGCCAAAUGCUAGGCAAGAUAAUUCGGAAGAAUUGGCGGAAAUGGAAUUAUCAGAGACUUGGAGUUCUAGAGCUAACGCGAGCGAUUCUCAGAACGUGAACACUUGGCAAACGGAUGAGAGUAAAACGGCGGAGCAACGAAACUCAUUUUAUUUACAGCAACCUAAAACUAGCAAAUCUUCCGUGCCUUGUCUCGCCGAUACUGUUCUGCAACACGAACCAACUAUGAUGCGUUUAUUGGCCGCUCUUGGUUAUAGUACGGGAUCUUCAUUAGCUAUGCUCUUAAGUGAAAGUGCGACUGCACCAUUAACUACCGAGCUUGGUGAUCCGGCUUCGAUACCGGAUGCAACGUUCCAGCUUCUAACGACGCUUACGAAAAAGGCUAGCGAUCCAAGUCUAGUUCUCAAGCCACUUUAUCAUUAUCUCUCUUCUUCUUGCGGAGAAACCGAAUUGGGAGUUAUGCAGCUAUCCGAACCUCUUCUCUGGUACAUUCUAAGGGUUUUGGACAAUGCGUCGUCGUUAUCUAUUUUUACCGCGAUGGGCGGCGUAAAAGUGCUCUGCGAGAAUCUCGUAAAGUCGAGUAAUACCAGUACCGCUGGUGCUUCCACCUCAUCGGGAGUGAUUGCCCUCGUCAUGGAACAUUUGUCGAAUGCACCGAAUGUAAUGCAAAUGAUGGCGAGUAGCAGCAAAAAGAGCGUCAAUUCCUUGGAAACCCAUGAUGACGGUUUAUUGAAUUUUGCGCCUCUUGGCUCGAUAUCAUGGUUAAAUCCAACUGCGCAACCGGCGGAUGUUCUUAUACAAAAUGCUACUCCUCACAAACGCGCAAGAACACCGGCGUGGUCAUAUCACUUUUACCCCGACGAGGCGUGGGUCGACCUUACCAUCACUUUACCGUGCGCUAUCUUGCUUAGGAAAGUGGAGCUGCAACCACAUCUCACGGCAUUGUCCACAUGUCCAUCGGCUGUAGCACUGGAAGUUUCGAGGGAGAGUAACGGUCCAUUGACACCGGUUUGUUCACCGAUGCCAACAGCAGGCUUAACGUAUAUACGCGUUACUUUAUCGCAGCCGGUAGUCGCGACUUCUGUAUUGGUGCGCCUAUAUAAACCACGGGACUCGACAAACAUAAAUCUCAGUCAAAUAAGAUUGCUGGGUACCACCGCAUUUGGUGAAAUUAAAACAAAUCCGGACACGAUAGAUGAGGAACAACUGACAAAGACUAGCUUGGGUUGGUUGCGAUUACUGCAUCAGUGCUUAUCUGUAAGCACGCUAAACAGUAAUCUGGCCGUUGAGGUGCUUAAUUCCGCGGCUUCGGUCGAAGGCCUGGUCGAGGCAUGCUGCAAUCUCCUGUUACUCCCAGCACCGUCUCUCUUUACUCCCAACCUGGAGAGGGUUCUAUUACAACUUGGCUUACACUCUCGAGAGCUUGGACUUCGUCUCAUUGGUCUCUUACUCAACAACAGGUCCACCUCUUUCUUUCAAGGAACUGUGACUUCCCAGGAAACGUCUAUCGUACAAUUGGUCGUUGAAUUGCUUCAACAAUUGUGCUCCAUUCGAGACUUUAGCACGGAGGCUCGCAUGAAAGCUGUUCUUACAUGGCUGCAAAUAUCAGCCGCGAAUGGAAUAUCCCAGACAAAUAGUAAUUCCAAUUCGGUGAAUCCACCAGCAGUAUACAUUCACUGUGUGUCUUCCAUCAUUUGGAAAGCUCAUCAACAGCAGAACCACAACUACGAUCUGCAAGUCUUGCUGACAGACGAGCUAUUUUAUUCAUUGUACAAAUGGACCUUGACUCUUGGAAAUAAUUCAGCAUUAAAACAAGCAAUUGACUCUGUCUUGUGCGCUUUCUGCUAUGUGAGACCAUCAUUGUUAAUUUUGCUUUUGGAAUGGGUACAAAUUUUACCGAAUAUUGCGGUAAAUCCAACUGCGUCUAUAUCCGACGAGUGCAAAGAAAAUGAGGAACAGACGAGUGAUAAGACAGGCGACAUUAAUGCUGAGAGAUGGUACUGUCAAUUUGCUUUGUUGAAACAUAAGUGGUUGCAUUUGACAGAGGGACAAUUGCUGACUGUCGCCGCAGCAGCACGUUCGCCACCUGGUACUCAGCAGUUGAUCGAUUCCGGUCUUCCGGCAUUACUGACAGGAUCGAUUACAGAUUUUUGUAAUUUGGAGAAAACCAAGCAACAGCAGCGAGAUAGUAAAAUGGCAUCGGGUGACAGCAAUGAAAAUGAUGUAAUUGAAGAUGUCAACUCGACGGAGAGUGACAAGGCGACAGGUUCUAGUUCCGAAUCGAACAAUUGCUCUGGAGGAUUAUGUAUGACAAAACCAGAAAGCAUAGCGAUAGUGAUAGAAUUCUUAACACUUGUGUGUGCGGAAGGUCGAAUGCGUGACUGGCUUGGCGAGGAAGGACGCUGUUUCUGGUUACCUCUUUUGUCCCUUCUUAGUAAUCGUCCUAUCGAAAGUCCAUCCGCGUCUGCGUCAAGUUGUUCGAAAACAAGCGCGUCGUAUGCAUUACUGGAAAGCGCUAUGAUUAAAUUCUUAUCAAGAUGUUGUUGGUGUCAUCUGGCUAAUCAAAAAUUACUGGCAAAGCUUCUCAUCGAAGUCAUUUCCCAACAACGAACUACUUCAAAUGUGCGGUAUCUUCAUGGCAUUUCUGGAUUUACACGAAGAUUAAUUUUGCAAUUGCUCUUAGAAGGAGAGAAAGUGUUGGUUUCUGUAACGUCGGAAGCUCCUAUGAAAGUUUCAGCAAGCGCAACCAAUCACAGCAUGCCAUCCAUGCCGCCGCAUCCUGCUCAUCCUCUCGGACACUAUCAUCAAUUAUUAUAUAUGUCGACGCAAGCGACGGUGGCAGAUAUAUUACAGCAAGUCUCAGGGACGUUGCUUCUCUUGUUGCUUCCGAACACGUAUAAAGGUAAUGAGACAAAUUCCAAUGCAGGAAACAAUCGUUCUCGUGAAUUCUGGGAAUCGGGAAUGGCAUUAGUGGUAGACACGCUCAGUGUGGCUGCUGGAAACACGGCGAAAGACAAGCGGGCUAAGGAAGCGUCGAACAGAUCGCAAGCUCGUGGCCCUAUAAUAAGGAAAACGCGUUUAAAUUCUGACGGAACGCCGGUUACGAGCAAAACCUUGCCUAAUAAUUUGCAAGUAAAUGCAACCCAUCCGACAAAUCAGCAGUAUCUAAUACAUUCGUCUCGUCCAAAUACUCCUCUACCGCCUCAGCUUACAAUCGCGCAACUCUUAGCGAUCGCCGAGGAUAGUGGUAUAUCGUUGUCUGAGCCGUGCUUACAUCUUAUCUUACGUCAACGUAAUAAGGACUCCAAAGAGGAGACGGCGAAACAAAAUGACAGCGAACUGUUGAACUACAGGAGCAUAGAAAGCUCGUUAGGUGUUUUCAGCGCCGGCGGUGGAUUGGCCGUAUUGGCACGCCACUUACCGCUAGUAUAUCCGGAUCCCGGUAGACCGUCGUUUUUCGUUGAGAAAUCACCGUCGCCGGAACAAACCGACGCCGACUGGGUAAAAUUGGAGACCAACGAUGAUAUUUAUGAAGCAUUGGAGGAGGGUAGAACGAAUUGUCCGCCGAAGACGUCGGUUCCUGCUCCAUACGUGCCGUCGCAUUCCCUCGCGGCUUUUGGCCUAUUUCUCAGACUACCGGGCUACGCUGAGGUGCUACUGAGAGACAAGAAACGAGCGCAAUGUCUGUUGCGGCUCGCUCUCGGAGUUUCCGAUGACGGUGAAGGUGGCGAAGUGCUGACUUCGCCGCUGGCCGCCUCGUUGCCAACCUUGCCGUUCCAAGUUUUGAAGCAGCUGUUGGACGCUACGCCACCGACCACCGAUGACGGACUGCUUCUACGAGGUACGACCAUAGAAGUGGGCGCUAUGCUGCUUCUAUUGAACUGUCUGGCAAUAUUCACACAUCAAACCGGACAGAACGAUGGUUCGGCUGAGCACAAGAUCGGUCAGAGUGGCAGCGGCGGGGUCGGUGGCGGUAGUAGCGGAGGACGCAGCGAUGACAAUUCACAUUUGUAUUGGGCGAAAGGUACUGGCUUCGGUACCGGGUCUACGCAACAGUCUUGGAACGUCGAGCAGGCGUUGCUACGUCAACGAUGCGAGGACGAGCAUGUGACGGUGUUGCUACAGGUUCUCGCCAGUUAUAUUGGCACAUCAUCAGGUGGACAACCACAGCCGGAGUUACCAACCUCGUUUCCCGAUUUACUGGCACGUUCCUGCCUCCUGCCAGCGUUAUCAUCAUACCUGCGAAACGAUUCCGUUCUAGAUAUGGCCAGGCAUAUACCAUUGUAUCGCGCAGUUCUGCAAUUGCUCCGCGCCAUGGCCCUCUCCAGUCAAUUAGCGCUGCUCUUGUCACCGCGCGGCGGUAGAUCUGGAGAACCGUCUGUGGUGUCUCUCUUGUCGAGUAUGAAAGUGUGCGUGGACACGUAUGUGAACAAGAUAAAUCGCACAAGGGGUAACAAAACAAACAUGAAAGUAGUGUCCAAGUAUCCCGAUGAUACCGAACAAGACGAAGGUUUGGCCACGUUGAUUCCCGAUAUACAGGAGAGCGCAACUAUAGUGCAAAACGCCACGUGUCGAUUAUCCGGUAUCAACGAAGAAUUACCUGGGUCAAGUCCAACGGCGCCGGAAUUACCAUUGCGCUCAAGUCUGGAGCAUCGGUACUUGGAAGUAAUGAAAAAUCUACAAUUUGAUACCUAUGAAAUGAUUACCGAGAAUCCAGACGGCGCAGGCUAUAAAUUUACUGUUUCGUAUCACUUUGAGUCGAAUAUGAGGGCUGCGGGUGAGAGAAGUCAUCCGGCACGAGUAAAAAGAUUGGCCCAGGAAGCCGUUACGCUCUCAACAGCAUUACCUCUGUCUUAUAGUAGUAGCGUAUUUGUAAGGUGUGAUGCGGACAGACUGGAUAUUAUGAAGGUACUCAUAACGGGGCCAGCAGAAACGCCGUACGCAAACGGCUGUUUUGAGUUUGACGUGUACUUUCCUCCCGAUUAUCCUAACAGCCCGAUGUUAAUAAAUCUAGAAACAACCGGCCGUCACACCGUGCGCUUUAAUCCGAAUUUAUAUAAUGAUGGGAAGGUCUGCCUCAGUGUACUGAAUACUUGGCACGGUCGACCUGAGGAGAAAUGGAAUGCGCACACGAGUAGCUUCCUUCAGGUUCUAGUAUCGAUACAGUCGCUAAUCUUAGUUUCCGAACCCUAUUUCAACGAGCCUGGAUACGAACGGUCACGGGGUACGUCAAGCGGUGCUCAAUCUAGUCAAGAGUACAAUGCGAAUAUUUGUCAGGCUACCGCCAAAUGGGCAAUGCUUGAUCAAAUACGCAAUCCUUGUCCAUGCUUCAAAGAGGUUAUACAUACCCAUUUUUGGAUAAAAAGGCACGAGAUCGUCGCACAAUUGGAGGGAUGGAUAAGAGAUAUGGAAAUGCAUGGAUCAGAUCGUAGAUCAGGCCGUACAAUUUCUCUUAAUGCAUUGUCUUUAAGGAGGCAUUAUAAACUAUUGAGAGAGGAACUGAAUAAACUGCCAACGCCCAAAGGAUUGGAGGACUUGGCCGAACCACUCGCGUCGCCAGGUUCGCCUAUCGAACUGUCAGGGACCCCAGGCACAACACCGAAUACACCAUCAACGGUUACGGCGUCCGCGACCGCAGUGGUUCCUCCUAUUGCUACUAGCACUAUGGUUCCAAUUAGCAAUAGCAGUACGAGUAGCCAUGUGCAUCACGAUAUUGACACGGACGUCGAGAUGGAAAAGAUGGUUUCGAAAAUGUGUGAAUAGCUAAAGGAUGUUAAUAGACAUUGUUGGACAUUUUAAAAAGUCUAUAGUUUGUGUUAACGAGAUGAACAAAUGGACAUUGAACAUAAACAGAUGACACAACGGACUGAAAUUAAGUGCGUAAAUAUCCUAUCCAGCGGCCGAAUUACCGAUGUUUUAGCCAUGGUGUUAGGGAAGAAAGUAACGACUUUCGGCCGAAUACAUAAUAACACUGACGAUAAUUAUUACAAUGAUGAUGAUGAUAAGAUUGUAGGUAGAAAAAUAUAAGGUGUGGUAGAGCGAGAAAGACGAGUGAGAAUUUACAAUAGAGAAAAAGUGUGAGAGAGGAAAAGAGAGAAAGGGAGAGAGAGACAACAGAGCGAACGAUUAAGUGUGCGUGAAUAAAGAGAAUAAACGAGAGAAUGAAAGAAAAGAAGAGUGGGAGAGAACAAAACAGAUAGAGGCAAAGAAAUAAGUAGCGCGAAUGUUACAAACUCGUGCGUAGUAGAUACUUUUUAUAGCCGCUGCUAUAGUACGUGUACGCUGCAUUCUACUACUUCAUAUUAUCAUAAGUACCACAACUGUUAUUCGAUAUUUAUUAUACAUGUUCCUCGUUUAUGUAGCAUAACUCUGAAUUAGCUGCACUUUCAUGCGGAUCUUGGACAUGAUAUUUUUAUCGUCUUUUCCUUGUCGCUCGUGUCUUCCGAGAGCGACGCGGUCUUGCACGUCGCGCAAUAGACGGUAAUGUUCUCUUUUUAAUGAUGUUUUUACUUUGUCAAUAAUUAAAGUGCUUGUUUCUCUUUAUAUACAUAUACAUACAUAUAUAAUGUGCAUAUAUAUAUAUAUGCGUGUGUAUAUGUGUGUAUGUAUAUAUAUCCCAGAAAACAUCGAGGUUUUGUAGAUAUAAUAUAUUAAAAUAUAUCUUAUUAAAGAUAUCUUCAAGACAUAUUUUUUAAAAAUGUCUUAAAUUUCUAAAAGAUUUCUAAAAGAUAUCUUUUUGUUUAUAUGGGAUAUAUCUGUAUGAUGUAUAUUUAAAACGGUUCUGACGCGUUGUUCUCUUCGUUUUAAGUGUAUUUCUGUAUAUUAUAAUACAAAUAUCAUUGUACUUUACCUAACGAUUUACUGGUAGAUAUGUAUUUUUAUUGAACAUCUCUUCAGAGUACGCGGUUCAGUCGAGCCUUAAGCGAGCUCUUACUAAAGCUGCGAGCGGUAAAGAAGAGAUAUAAGCGCAACAUCGACGGAAGUCAGCUCGUGACAGGUGCAACUAAUUUACGAGUUAUUGAUGUAGCGGGUAUCCCUGCGCGCAAUGCGACCGAAUCUAAAUGACGACUGUCAUCUGAACGAGACGACGAUCUAGGUACAUCGUUAGAUAACGUUUAAUAUAAUAGUACGUGUUCUAUGUCGAUUGAACGAACAACUGAAAAAAUGCUACCAUGGAAAUUAAAAAAAAAAACAGAUGAUCAGGUGAUGCAUUCUCGCGUAAACGAGAAUUGCUCUUUGUAAUUGUAACAGCUACUUAGUACACGUAAAUUUCAUAUGAAUCGACCAUAUGAACGAAAUAAAGUCACAUUGUUUUGA